ACACUAAUCACCUAUCAGAUACAAUUAGAUUAAACGCGUCCAUUUAACAAGUAGAUAUCAAUUACUAAAAUGCUGAUAAGGACUGUCCAGUUUAGACCGGGACGCCGAAAUGUGCGCGUGCAGACAAAAACGGACCUCCUUCCUUAUAGAAGACAUACUAAGGGACCCCAAAAAACCCUACAAAAACCUAAGUGAUGGACCGAAAGAGAAAUUCGUGUGCCGCGAACCGGCUAAGCCUGUUGAAAAGGAAAGAAACAUAAAUGUAGCACAAGCUCAUAGAGAGCUAGAAGUUCCAAAGCUGAAAGUGAACGCUGAAGAGGUGAGAGAACAGAGGAAGCAGAAUAUUUACGGGGAAGUAGAAGUGGACAAAUUCAAAAUGAACUAUAAUCAUAAUGAUUUAGAAGCGAAGAGAAUUAAUGUGAAAUUAAACCAACCGCAUUUAGAAUUAGAGAGAAUGAAGAUAAACCAGCAGAAUAUAGAACAGGAAAAGAUUAAAAUGUACUUAAAUCAACGGAACUUAGAAAUAGAAAGAAUGAACGGGAACUUCAACCAGCGAGAUUUAGAAGCGGAGAGAAUGAAUAUAAAUCAACGAGACUUAGAAGCUGAGAGAAUGAGAGAGAGGAAUCUGGAGCUGGAGAGAAUCAACCAGAGGGAAUUCGAGGAGAGGAUGAGAGUGAACUUGGAGCAGAGGAGAAACACGUACCCUCUGUACCCGACCCCGAUUCGGAUGCCGUGGUACAAGAUGAAGAGCUACACGGAGCGACCGAUGUUUUACAGCGAGCCCAUGCUCAAUGAGACCAUGAGGACUGGGCUGAACAGGUUGACGCCUUAUACCAUGAGAUAUGGCGCUGAUAGAGGCGUGGGCUGCUGCUGGUGGGGCGUAGGCGGGCGGCGGAAGGGCGGGCAGGUGCGGUUCAGCGCGGCGCAGACGCAGGCCCUGGAGAGACGGUUCUCAGCAGCCAAGUACCUCAGUCCUGAUGAAAGGCGGGCGCUGGCCGCCAGUCUGAGACUUACUGAUAGACAGGUGAAGACCUGGUUCCAGAACCGUCGUGCGAAGUGGCGUCGCUGCGUGCCCGAAGCUGACUCCCGGAGCCCCUCGCCCGAAGACCUCACUGAUGACGACCGCAUCGCAGAUGAAUAGUAAAUUGCGCUGAUAAUCGGGAUGCUGAUAAUAAUAAUUAGUAGCACCCGAUGACCGGGACGCUGACAGUUGGUAGACUUCACUGACCGGAUUGCUGAUGUAUAGUAAAUUGCGCUAAUAACCGGGAUGCUGAUAAUUAGUAGCACCUGAUGACCGGGACGCUGACAGUUAGUAAACUUCACUGAGCGGAUUGCUGAUGAAUAGUAAAUUGCGCUGACAAGCGGGAUGCUGAUAAUUAGUAGGAUGCUGAUAAUUCGCAAACUUGACUGAUGAUGGGAUUGCUAAUAAUUACACUUGUGACCUGGUGAUAUACCUACCUCCGAUGACCACGAGCAA